AAUACAUCUUUCAUCUUCCUUUUAGAUGAUGAUGCUAGCAAGCUUUUAUCUGCAAUAAAGAAUCCAGAUAAGCAAGUGGGAUGGAUUGAAAAUAUUCAGAGACAGUUUUGUGGAAUCAUGGAAAGCAAACCUAAUGUUAUGAGUGGAGCCAAUUUGGCAGAAUUAAUUGAACAUUUUGUGUUGCAUCUUUCUCAAACACCAUCAGAAUGUUACUUCAGUAGCAGAGGAUGUGAAGCUGAUGAAAAUUUGGACAUCAAACCCCUUUCACCUGUACAGCAAGUUGGCAUUAAAAUGACAAUCAGUUAUGGUAACCAUUUGGACCUACUGAGAGAAAAUGCUGAAAAAGAUCUGUGCCAAGUAUUGAUGUAUUGUGACAAGUAUUUGAGACAGCAGCAAGCACUUUUAACAACUUCAUUACGUAGUCUGCAGGGAGGAUAUACUAGCUAUGAUUGGUUUGCAUCUUCAGUAUUUCUAAUAAUGAAGGGUGACAGGGAGAAAACAUUAAGAUUUCUCCACCAGUUUUCCCAUCUACUUGUUUCAGCAUUCCUUUGGAUACCACGACUGCAUUGUUCGAUCCACCUGCCUGAUAGCACAGCUGUAUCUGGCAUCCAUCCAGUCUAUUAUUGUAGUGCACACUAUGUUGAGAUGUUGCUGAAGGCUGAAUUGCCUCUUGUGUCUUCUGCUUUCCGUAUGUCUGGCUUUACUUCAUCACAGGUCUGUCAGCAGUGGCUAACUCAGUGUUUCUGGAAUUACAUGGAUUGGAGUGAAAUUUGUCACUACAUUGCUAUUUGUAUUUUCCUUGGUCCAGAUUAUCAGAUAUAUAUGUGUAUAUCUGUGUUCAAACAUUUACAACAAGAAAUUCUUCAGCAUACGCAGACUCAGGACCUCCAAGUUUAUCUUAAAGAAGAAGCAUUCCAUGGAUUUCAACCUCUAGAAAUCAAGUGGGACCGAACCAUUUGCAAAAAGUGGUCAGUAUCAAAAACUCAGCCUUGCUCCUUAUGUAAAUCUUGCUUUUACACCCACUGAUUUCCCAACAGCAGCUUUUUCACCAGUGAGCAGUAAAGAGUUCUCAAGAGCCCAAGGGGCUGAUGUUCCAC